CAAGAUGAAGUAGACGUCUACAGUUCACGGCUUGAGUCAGAUGAGAGGGGGAGAGGCAGAGAGAGAGGCAGAGACAGACGGGAGAAAUGUCGGGACCCUGAGAAUGGACGAUCAUCUCGGAGACAGUCAGUCGCAUCUCAUCAUUCACAGAGUUCAGAUAAUCAAAGUGGGAAACAUAGAUCUUCAAAGGUAAAGGAGCGAGCUACUCCUGGAUGCCCGCAGACACAGGGGUGGAUGUCCAGACUGGAUGAACAUGGCAAGUGGAGAAAACACUGGUUCGUUCUGCGUGACACUUCACUGAGGUUCUACAGAGACUCGGAGGCUGAGGAGUCAGAUGAUCUGGAUGGAGAGAUCAACCUGAAAUCCUGUGUGAAUGCGUCUGACUGUGACGUAGAGAAGAACUAUGGACUACAAAUAAAAACAAAGAGAGCAGUGUUCACUCUGUCUGUUAUGACCUCCAGAAUACGGCGGAACUGGGUGAAGUUACUAAAUCAGGCCAUCCAGAACAAGACGCACCAAUCAGACACCGGCAGCGAGAAAGAGAACCCCCUCUCCCGGAGACCGUCGUCAUGCCAACCCCCUGCUCGGUUCACCUGCAGGGACUCUGGCUAUGAACCGACCACUUCCACCUCCAACAACACAGCUGCAAACUCCCAUCAGGCCGAGAACCAGAACCGAAGCGGAGACGAGGAUCUGGACUUAUCUCCAGCCAGUCAGAGGGAGGAAGGGGAGGGCUGGGACCGCGAACAAGCCAAGCGAUUGGAGGAGAGGAACAAGUGCUGA